AUGCUGACUGCUAUUGCUCAGAAAGACAUUGACGCUCGAUGCUCUCUGCCCGUACGGAGCGUCGGGCGCAAGGCCAAUGCUGUAGACAUCGAAGUCGACCUGUCGGCGCCAGAACCUCCGUCCAAGAAGGCCAAGCGCGCACUGAAGAAGGGCAAGAAGCUGGGCAGCAGCGGCGCCGGCAAGAAGAGCAAGAGGAACGGACACGACGACGACGACGACCUGACCAAGGACGACGCGGGCGAGGGUGCGACCGACAAGGGCGGCAAGCCCGCGCGGUCCGAGCACGGCGUGUGGAUCGGCAACCUGCCUUUCCUGUUGACGGCGGCGCAGCUGCGUGAUUGGCUCGUGAGCAACUCGGGCGGCGCCAUCACGUCCGAGUCGAUCACGCGCAUGAAGCUGCCCACGCUGAAGGAUCCGGGGAGGGACAAGUCGGCCAAGCCGAGCAACCGCGGCUUCGCCUACGUCGACGUGGCGGACAUGGCGACCAAGGUGGCGGCCAUCGCGCUGUCGGAGACGGAGCUGGCCGGCCGCAAGCUGCUGAUCAAGGACUCCACCUCGUUCGAGGGCCGGCCCAAGAAGAAGGAGCCGGCGGCACUCGUGGUCGGUCCCGACGGCGAGGUUGCCGACGGCAAGUCGAAGCCCCUGCAGGACCAGAAGCAGGCCUUCAGCAAGGACGCCGAGGCCGGUCGCAAGAUCUUUGUCGGAAACAUGAGCUUCCAGACGACCGAGGAGGACGUGCGGCGUAACUUUGACAAGUGCGGCGAGAUCGAGUCCGUCAAGGUGGCCACCUUUGAGGACUCGGGCAAGUGCAAGGGCUUCGGGUGGGUCAAGUUCAAGGACGCCGACGCCGCCGCCUGGGCCGUCAAGGGCUUCGUCAAGAUCAAGGAGGCCAUCGAGACAGAGGAGGACUUUGCCGACGGCAAGGACGACGACGGCGACGACGGCAACGGCAAUGGCAGGGGAAAUGAGCAACAGCAGAGGCAGUACAAGACGAGGAAAUGGUGGGUCAACCGUAUCCUCGGCCGUACCCUCAAGAUCGAGCUCGCAGAGGAUGACCACGUGCGCUACAAGAAGCGCUUCGGCAAGGACGCCCAGCAGCCGGACAAGGGUGGCAAGGGACCCGGAGGCAAGCCCCGUGGCGGUGAAGGUCCUGGCAGACCUGCGGGCGGCGAGCUGAAGGGGUCUUCGGAUAUACAGGUUGCCAGGUUGACGGGUGCCGUGGUCAAGUCGACGGGUACAAAGGUCACGUUUGACUAG